AUGUCUUUCAUUAAAAUAUUAAUUAAUUAUUUUCAACAACGUAUUCGAAUAUUAUCAUUAUGUCGAAUGAUUAUUUUAAUACCUUUUAUUCUUUUAUUUGUAAUGUAUAUUUUAUAUUCUAAUCGAACAAAUCAAUUAUGUGAUCCUGCCAAACCUUUAUGGUGGUUUUGUUCUUGGCCAGAUCCUCAAACAACAGUUUGCACUUGGAAUAAUCAUUUUCCUACAAUAACAGAACAAAUUCGUUCUCCUGAAUCUUAUGAACAGUUACUUUUAUCACUUCCAAAAGUUCAAUCCUCAUUUCAGUUUAAUAAUUUAACAUUCCAACAAUGUACUGAACAAUCCAUCGAUCUCUUAGUAUUUGUUAUAUCAAAAUGUUCUCAUGCAUCAAUACGUCAAUCAAUUCGUCGAACAUGGGCAAAUACAAAUCUACUUCAAAUAUAUUUUCCUCACUUAACAAUAAAAUUAUUAUUUUUAGUUGAUAUUGAUACAAAAUCGAGAGAAAAAAUCAUUUUAGAAUCGAACUAUCAUAAUGAUAUUGUUCAAGUGAUAAAUUUACCUGAACAAUAUGAAUAUGUAACAAAACGUGAAUCAGCAUUAUAUGAAUUUGUUCUAAAUAAAUGUAAACAAA